UGUCAGAAUCCCAGCAGCCUGAACUUCAACCCCUUCUACGACCGGAAACAGUCGAAAAUACACCUGUGUAUCCCUUAAUCCAUAUGAUCAGAGCGGAUGUCAUAGAUUACAUAGGUACACCUUUAACAUAUGAAGCAGUAACGUCGCCGGACCUUACAUACACCCUCGUCCGUCCUCUCGUCGAAAAAUACGUCGCAAUCCAACAAGAAGGCAAUCUCUCUGUGGUAUUCUGCUGCCUCAUCAAUCGCGUCCACUUCCUCCGAGAUGAAGACCUAAUUACCCAAACAAUCUCCCGUUCAAGAGCCAACCUGUGCGACAUCCUAGCUACACGUGUUUUCAGGGACAACGCCAAUGACGACCUCAAGCUCGCCAUUGCACUCACGACAAGCUGGCCCGUGUACUCCGGAGCGGAUCCGCUUGUGGUAUCGCAAGCUAGAGAGGAGAGGGACGACGAUCUAGAAGAUCAUGUCGGGAAUGCGAUAGAGAUGGCUAUUCUUGGGAAGGCGAAGCGCUUCAUCAAGAGCUCGGCUUGCCAGAAGGUGAUUGAUGGCAUAUGGACGGGAAAAUGCGUUUACCAGGCGCAAAGCAGUCAUUCGAUCUUGUCAGACGCCUAUAAACGUACACCUAUACAUUUCUACGAUCCGCACAAAGCACCGCUUUUGGAUCAUUACCGGCUCAAAGUGCCCUCAUAUCGGGCAGUACUCGAAUACGUCAAGUUCAUCAUCUUAUUCGUUCUUUUCAUCAUCGCCCUCGAAUUGAAUCAAAAGGAUAAAAUCAACGUGGCUGAGAUCUUUUUCAUGGUUUUUGCAUUGGGGUUCACAUUGGAGAAGGUGGCGGCUAUGCAGGAGCACGGUAUUCAUCGUUUCUUCAAGGGCACCUGGGAUGGUUUCGAUCUGGCCUUUAGGACAACGUUUUGUCUUUACGCGUUUCUGCGCAUAUAUGGGGUCUACUAUGAUCGACAAUGGGCUCGUAGUUUCGGGGUUGAUGUCCUUGCCAUCAUCGCUUGUUUGAUGUUUCCUCGGCUCGCCUUCGUAACAUUUAAAGACAGUCUCCUGGUCCUCUCGCUACGAGCGAUGAUCGUGCAGUUCGCGCUUCUAAUGCUCAUUGCUGCCUUUUGUUUCUGUGGGUUCUUGUAUGCGCUUUGGACGCUCAGUCGCGAUGAUGCAAGGUACGGGCCUGGGUUAAUCGCUUGGUGGAUGUUAGAUCUAUGGUUUGGGCUGGAUGCCAGUGGCUUCGACAACGCGAGCAGGUUCCAUCCUGUUUUUGGGCCUAUUCUCAUGGUCACAUAUGCGUGCCUCAGCAAUACACUCUUGCUGACAGGCGAGUCUCGCCUCGUCUCUGUCCUGUCUAACACUUUUGCAUCUGUCAACGAAGAUGCUGCCGCAGAGGUCAUGUUUCGCAAGGCCGUUUCAACGAUCGAAGGGGUUAAGGCAGACUUCCUAUUUUCCUAUCAACCUCCGAUCAAUUUGGUAGCACUGUGUAUCUUGUUGCCCGCGAGUUACAUCUUAUCUCCUCGUUGGUUCCAUAAGGUGAACGUUUUUAUGAUUCGGUUGACGAGCUUUCCGAUCCUGCUCUCUAUAUCAUUUUAUGAACGACAGUCUAAAAUCGCGGGUACAACUUCUUUUGCUGAAACAAUGGCGCAUGUAGCGGAAAGGGUAUUUGAUUCCCUGCCACGGUCCUUGAAGCGGAUGAGCUUCUUCGAGGGCCUAGCGGGAGCAAAUGCUGAUAUCGAUGCCGUCUUCGAAAUAGAAGGAGAAUUCGACAGCGCGUUGGACGUGGCUGAUAAUGACACCUUGAUUCAGCACCAACAACACCGCCGACUGUCAGGGGCGUCAUCGCGAAGAGGGCGACUAUAUCCCCCCGCAUCACCACCCAAGGCACAAAGGAACAGACUUUACUCAAUACUACCUCAAGGCCAAACUGCCAGCCCUCUCGCCCAGGUCUUCAACCCGUUUCUCGUCGAGGACGAUAACAUGCCAGAGCACAUGUCCGGACAUUCCAUACCGCCGGGGGUUAGCUUCGGGCCUGCCACGCGACGCCGGUUGACCUCCAUGGCACAACCUUCACAGCAACGUGUUACUGAGCCUCCUGCUGGCAAUGCUGGUGGUGUCAUUUCUCAUGCAACCAGAAGGUUCCCAGUUAUGAGUGAUAAGGACAGUCCUUCAGGCAAUAGCGUACAACGAUCACGAAGCCACGAUCAUUACCUGAGGAGACAGCCAAUACCAGCAGGAGAGAUCGAGGACGGCGAAGAUAGCCAAGGCGAGACUGCUGAGCAGGCCAACGUGUUGAGACGGCUGGAUGCAAUGGACAAGCGGCAAAAGAACAUCGAAUCUCUGUUGAUGGGAAUAUCGCAAAGUAUUAGUAGCUCGAAGACAUGAC